GUUUCCCCAGACCCUCGGAGUGCCCUUUCCUUUCGCUGGAAGCGGGGCGUUGGAGGAGGAUAAAAAAGGUUCCGGGUGCGAAGCGAAAAUGGAGGAAGGCGCCCAGACCCCAGACUGGGACAGCGAUGAAACGAUGAUUGACGAGUCGGUGACGGAGAGCGACCUCGAUGAAGAGGAGCUUCCCUGGAGAAGGUUGCUCUUUGACCAAGACACAUCUCUUAGAUCUGAGUUCAGUCUCCAUCCUGGUAUAAGUGGAAUGUACGAAGGCUCACCUUCUCCUGAGAUUCAACUUGCUUUCAAAUUCAGAGAGAUUCCACAAGAGCAAAAGAGUAAAAAUAAUAUAAUGCCGCCUCUUAGUGAGAAAGAAGUCUUACAGCAACCUCAAGAUGAAAUGGAACAAAAUGAAGCUCUGUUCCCGAAUAGAAGAAGUUUUCCAGUGUUCACUGGGUCAUUUUCCCAGGCCAAACUUUCAGUGAACCACCAAAGCAUUCAAGGGCCAGAGGCUGAAAAUCCUGAAAAUUUGCCAGACCCAGAAAAGGAACUAAACACAGACAGAGAUGCUCCUGAAAUUAGCUUUCGGUCUGGUACUACUGCUGAAGUAUCUGAUGUGGUGGUUGUAAAGGAGAAGCUGUUAAUAGAGCCAGAGAUCUUAGCAGCACCAAGUAAGUUUUCUAAGUCUGGAAAGGAAGCCACAUUGACCAUGAAUUCUGAAGAAACCAAGGAUGAAGAAAGUUCUCUUAAAACUUUUGUGUCUGCCUUAGAAAGGUUACGCACAUCACCAGAAAUGGCUCAGGAAGAAAGACUGUUUGAAAUAAUGAGUGAUUUUGAACCUAAAGAGUUGGACAACCCAUUGAGCAACUCUCCAAGUUCCAUAUCAGUAUCCUUGACAUGUUACAAAGAUUUCCUAGAAAAUACAAAGGAUGAUGCAUUGCCAGCUGAGUUGUUAGCAGCCAUAAACACAUUAUCAGAAGGCAACGUGAGACCCAUCUGUCACAGAAAAGAGGGAGGCAGCAGUCUCAGUGCUGGAAAUGAGUAUUCAGGAGUGGAGCCCAAGAUGUCUCAGACCAGUGAAGAUUGUACACAAAUAACAGAGGUGAAUUUUGAGUCUCUUUGUUCUGCUCCACCCUUUGAACAAGAUUCCAAGUCAGGGGAGCUGCAGGACAAGCAUCUUUCACUGCAGCAUGUAAGUGCAACUACUCUAGAAGAUCCAAACUUUGGGCUGCAAACUUCGGUUCAUCAAAAUGUCACCUCAUGUGAUCUACUACAUAAUAAAGGAAAUUCAAAUUCAGUGGAAAAUAAAUCUGGCCAGGAUACUCCAUGUGUGUUAAGGAGAUCGUCCAGACUGAAAGCAGGCAGAGAUGCAAAGCACACAGAUGACUUGUAUAAGACGCCAGAAAAGAUUUUACCAAAGAUUCUUGUCAGUGAGGAUCAAAUAAGUAAUAUCUCUAAGAAUUUCAGAAUGCAGGAUCCUGCUUUAAUGAUUAAAGGUAAAGGGAAGAAUAUGCAUUCAACCAGACUCAAAAGUGGAGAACAGAUGCAGAGAAACAAAAAACUUGCUGGAAAACGUGAAAAAAUGAAGAGGAAUGAAAUAUCUCUGUCUAGCAUUAACCGUAGAAACAUCUUUGGAGAGAACUUACUGUAUCAGGCUGCUCUGCAUAAUGACAUUGAUCUUGUUCGUCAUUAUAUAAUGAAAGGAGGAAGUGUUAAUCAGCCAAGUUAUGCUGGUUGGACAGCACUUCAUGAAGCUAGUGUGGGAGGAUUUUAUCAGACAGUAAGUGAACUAUUAAAAGGUGGAGCAGAUGUAAAUAUCAAAGGAAUGUACCAGAUCACUCCCCUACAUGAUGCUGUCAUAAAUGGACAUUAUAAGGUGGCAGAGUUACUUCUUUUGAAUGGAGCCAAUCCGUUACUUAGAAGUGACAGUGGAAAAUGUGCUGUGGAUGAGGCCAAAGAUUCAUGUAUGAAGCGUCUCCUUGAGAAAUAUAUUCCUAAACACCAAAAACAUCUCCUUACAUCAGCUCAAAAGAACAGUACCGGUCCAUUAGACAUAGAGGAUACAUACCAGCAAAAGAAACCAAAAUUCUGUUCUAAAAAUCUCAUUGGGUUUGUUUGUGAUGAAAAUUCCAACAGACAGAAGUCAGAACUUGUAAAAGUUAAUGAAGGAAACAAAGAGGGUUUAUUUAUAAAUAAAGAUGUAUAUGAACUUUACCAAAAAGAUUGCAAAGACACAAAAUUUGUUAACUCUAAGCAUAAACAAUCAACGCUUCACCAAAUAUACUCUACUACGGGACUCCGAAAGAAGAAUCUUCAAAGUGUCAAAGGUCCUAACACAGAUGUGUCUACUGAUAAAGGAAGAAGAAACACACGACAUAAAAGAACUCAAGUGGAUGAUGCAAAACAAGAAAUAUGCAGUCCAAGAAAGACAGUAGCUCUUUUUUCUUUCAGAAGAAGAAACAGAUUGGUUACUGGUCAGCAAGAUGAUCUCCAAACCUUUGAUGACCUUCCAGAAGAGUCACAUAAACUUUUGAGCCCAGCUCUGUCAAGCGUGAAAAAUGGAUUAGGUAACACUAUUGAGGCUUGUUCAAUUCCCAAAGAGACACAUGCCCAGGACCUGGAUUUAUCAGAUAAUCAAGAAAUAAAAUUCUUAGAAUCCACUGACCAAGAGGAAGCUGCUCUUUUCUCAGAACUUGGCUUACAGAAAGAAAUCAAGUUACCACUUGUUACUACAGAUCAGCAGCCUCACUGUCACCUAGAACAACAGCACAUUAGCCCUCAUAAAUCUCCUGAAAACAGUAACUCAGGUCAGAAAGGUGAGAGCCUUAAAAAGUGGGAAUAUUCUUUUGCAUCCUUGAUAAAGGAAAAUUUUAAUAAUGAUGAUGAUUGCUUUACCUCUGAGAAGACUGUAGCAUGUGAAAGAGUGGUAUGUUCUACAGGUUGCAAAAACCAUUGUAACUAUGAUGAGAAUAUAAUAACAAAUACAGAAGAAAUGGAUUUUCAACAGUUUUUCCCUUCUGAAGACCAUUUUUCACAGGCAAAUGAGUUGAAAGCCUGCAGUCUAAUACUUCUACAACAGGAAGCUGUUAAUCUUUCUGAUUCAGAAAAAACAAUAGGUCCUGAACAACAUGUUGCAAAUUAUGAACAAUGCGCAUGUGAAACUUCUUUUGAUCACUCACAUGGCAGUCCUGAGCAUACUUUCCUAGCUUGUCCAAGAACAUUUUCAACACAGGAAGCUUCAAAGUUGACUAGCCAUGUGAAGCUAUUCAAAAGGCCUCAAGAUUUUAGCUCUAGACCACCAACUCCUUUAAUGGAUCAAACAGAUAUACCUAUUGUGGGAAAGGUAAAUGAAGAAGACCCUAAAAGGAAUUACAGUGAUGAAAGCCAGAAAAAAAGUUCUUCAAAUGGGCCUUUAUCCACAGUUGUUAAUUCUCAAGUAAUAGAAACAACUACAGUUGAAAAAAGGAAACAAGAUCUUCCAGAGAGCAAAACCAUACAUGAUACAGUUUUUUAUUCCACUGACAAUAUCAGUAAGGAAUUGACCAAUAUCUCACAACUUAGACAGAAAGAAGAAAAGGAAAUUUCUCAUAAACCAGAUGAGGAAUUAACUAAUAAUAUCAAUGGAGAUGAAACCACUAUGAGAAAUGGUGGGGAAAAAGAAAAAACAGAUUCUGAAAUUUGCACAUCUAAUAUCCAAGAACACAAAAAAGUUCAGAAUUUCAGAAAAAGGCAAAAUUUCUUGAAAGCUACCUGCAGUCAAGAAGUGAAAACAGUUGGGAUCAAUAAGAGGCAUGCCAAAGGAGAAAGCCGGCUUCAUUUGGCUGCCAGAAGAGGAAAUUUGUCUCUGGUGAAGGCUCUAAUAGAAUCUGGAGCAGAUGUGAAUCUAAAAGAUAAUGCAGGUUGGACACCACUUCAUGAGGCAUCUAGUGAGGGAUCUAAUGAUAUAAUUGUAGAGUUGUUAAAAGCUGGUGCUAAUGUUAAUUGUGAAAAUCUAGACGGGAUUGAUCCCUUACAUGAUGCUGCUUCCAGCAAUCAUUUAAAGGCAGCUGAGAUUCUACUACAACAUGGAGCAAACCCAAAUCAAAGGAAUCAAAAGCAGAAGACUGCUUUGGAUGAAGCAGAUGAUGAAAAAAUGAAAGAGCUGCUGAAAUCUUACGGUGCAAUUGAGACUGAUAAUAGCGAUGAAAGUAAUGUUAUAGCCACUGUCAAAAUUCCUGCUGUCCGACCAAAAAGACUUAAACGGUAUUUUCCUGAUGACUGCAAAACUGUUGAUCUACCUUCUCUUUCACACAGAGAAAAAACAAGAGAAAACCAUCCUGUGCAUCAGACCAUCAGUGCCAUUCUACAAGAUAUAGAAGAAAAACAAGAAAAUUUACUAGAAUUUGAAAUAAGAACCCCUGAAGAUGCAGAACAAUACAUUGAAAAGAUGUUAGAGGUAAAAGAAAUUAUGGAUAAUGUGCUUGCCAAACAGAAGGCAGAAAGAGAUGAUCUGGCUAAAAAAUACAGGGUGUCCAUAGAAUCAUUUAAGCAAGGAGUCCUGAGAGAACAGCUGGCUAACUUGGCCACAAGACAGAAGAACCUUUUAGUUGUAGCAAAAAAACAGAAAAAAAUUAGCCAGAAAAUUCAAAACUAUAAAAACAUUACAUCUUUGUCUGGUCCCAGUCUGAGGAAGCUGCCAUCCAGCUCAGAAACCUCUAGUGAAAAGGACAUCCAAGAGUUUACCGGCCUGGAAAAUCCAUUGCAGUCUCAGUCAGGUUCACUUUCUCCUGUAGGCCUUAUUUGUGGAAGCAUGCAGGAAACACAGUUGUCUCUGCAAAUGUGGAAAGGCAGCCAAAAUACCAACACCUGUGUAAACUCAGAAACAGUGAGAAGGGAAGAAAUUUCUGGAAAUGAACUGAAUUCUAAACAACAUGUGAGUGACUGUACCUUGGGUGGGUUAUCAAAAUCCAGACAUUCAAAUGGCAGUAAGAAGAUUAAAUUACCAUCCCAACCUAUUGCUUUUAUUGCUCAAGCAGAACAUUUGCAAAAAGAAAAAGAGUUUCUUACAGAAACUCUGGCCGAAGGGCAUGAAUCCUAUAGUAGUCCUUCAGCAGUAACUGGUGUAUUACAUAUUUCAGAGACUACAAGCAUACUUGCCAAAAGUGAUGCCCAUCCAUCGACUGUUAUUUGUGAUCAGGAUUCUACCAGUUGUGAUCCAAAAAGAGGAAAGAGGAAAAGAGCUUCCCAGCAACUACCUAGGGGAACAUUAGAAUCCUUGGCACAUCAAGGGACUGAUGUCUUAGGCAACAAUACUGGGCAUCAGAUGAAAUCAUAUCUUAAAAAAUCAGCUUUUGGUGUUCCACAUGCUAAUGACAGUCAGAGCUCCUCUUCCUCUAGGUGUGGCCGUCAACGUACUAUAAAAAAGCCUUUAAACUACAGCACAGCUCCUAGAAAGAAAUGCAUGCAGAUAAAGGAUCUGAUAUUACUCGGAAGAAUUAAUCCAGGAAAUAACAUUCUGGAAUUCAAAACACAGGAGACUACCCACAAAGCCAGUGUUUUAGUGAGUGGUAAAAUUAAGGUAGAAAAUGGUCAGAUUUAUCAAAAUCCAGUCACCUGGCUCAAGGAUCUUCUAGGAGGCGACAGUUAUGUGACUUGGAAUUAUGCUUGGAGUAAGGUGACAUAUCUGGGGAAGGAGCUUUUAAAGUAUGUUUCUGAGGAAGUGCCCAUACCUGCAGAGCCAGUCGUGGUGCCUCAACAACAUCAGUCUUCCCUUCCAGGAACUUCCAGAGAGUCAAUGCAAAGCAUUCCACAUUAUCUACAAAUAAAUGAAGUACUCUUAAUCAGCGAUCAAGAAUUUCUCCCAUGCCAUAUAAUGGAUCAGCAUUGGAAGUUCUAUGUGGAAUGUGAAGAGCUAACAUUCUAAAGACUUGUUUUCGUAAUAACUUAUUAGACAUUUGUUCAUUAACCCACAUUCAUAUUUUAUGGGCUGGAGGGCCUAUUUUAACACACCCUUCAUGAGUUGCUAUUUAAAAUGUGUGUUUACCAUUGUAAGAAAAGAUAUAACUUGAACUAUUAUAGUACAAUUAAUACCUUUUUGCUAUUGAA